AUGUUUGCUGGGGGUUGCAGUGGGGUGGCGUUCUGGACUGCGUUUUUCCCCGCUGACGUUGUCAAGACGCGGGUGCAGGUGGACCCGACCUUUGCCUCUUACCGCUUCAUGGAGGCGCUGCGGCAGUUGUACUUGGAAGGCGGCAUACGGGCGCUGUAUUGCGGUUGGUCGCUAACUGCAGUGCGUGCGUUCCCGUCAAAUGCGGCUAUAUUUGUGACGUAUGACCUCUGCAUGCGCGUCUUCAGGAAACAGCACCAACAACGGCAACAACAUUCAGCGUCAUCUGGGACCGGUUCAGCGUGA